AUGGGUGACGAGGUUGAUAGAAUUUCGAAACUACCCAAUGCAAUCAUCCAACACAUCUUGUCGUUUCUUUCCACCGAGGAUGUCGUUCAGACUUGCCUCCUUUCGAAGCGUUGGAAGCUCAUGUGGUAUUCAGUCCCCACACUCUCUUUCUCCAACAAAACUACUCGAUUUAGAUUGCCGGAGGGACUACAAAAGUUCUGUAACUACGUCGAUCAUUGUUUGGAACAUCGCAAGAGAGGUAUGUAUUUCAUCGUCUAUGAUUCAGCCAUAACUAGUUUUAAGAUUUGGAUGAACUCCUACGAAAGAAGCCAGGCUAGCCGCAUAGAUAAAUGGGUAGCUUUCGCAGUUAAGCAUAAAGUAAAGGAAAUUAAUCUUCGGGUGGGCAAAGAGAGAGAUGAGCGUGGUGACAUUCACCGCUACAGCUUACCUAAAACAUUAGCAGUCAAUGCAAGAUGUUUGACUAUUUUGAAGCUGAAUACAGUGCAGUUGGAUUCUGGUUGCUCGUUUAGUUUCCCAUCGUUGAAAUCAUUGUCAUUGUCCCUUGUUCGGAUUGAAGGUGAUGAUGUGAUUGAUAAGCUAUUGUUGGGUUCCCCUUGCCUUGAGAGAUUGAGGUUAGUUUAUUGUUAUUUAAGUAGUGAUUAUCAGCUCCAAUUACACAGUUCUAGCCUCAAGUUCUUGGAAAUUACACUCACGGAAUCUACUUAUAUAGUGAAGCGAAUUGGAGCCAUAAAUCUUGAAUCAUUUGAGCUUUGUGGGGUUCCCUUUGACAAAAUAGAUAUCUCCGAAUGCAAGGCAAUUAAAAGUCUCUCAUUAGCUUGUGAUUGGGGUAUGGAAGAGUCACCACCAUUAGAAUAUCUCAUUUCGAGCCUUCCUCUCCUUGAGGAUUUGACUCUGACCAACGAAUAUGGGUUGAGUUUGAAGCGCAUUAAAAUAUCGAGUCAACACUUGAAAAGCUUCAAGUUGAAUAACUGUAUUUUUAACGAUAAAGUGAGCGUUAUAAUUGAAUCGGCUCCAAAAUUAGAAUCAUUUUACUAUAGAGGUGAUAUCAAUUUUGCUAUAUCAAUGGACUCAUCAUCCAAUUUGUUGAAUGGAACAUUCAAGAUUUUUAACUGGCUUGUUAACUACGACGAGAUUUGGUUCAUCAAGAUGAUAAAUUUUCUUUUGAAUCUCAAUUGCUCCUGGAGUGUGAUAAGCCUGCAAGUUAACUCAGAAAAUGCUCUCAUCUUGCCGGAAGAUUUGAAGAGAAUAUGUCGUUCUCCUUUAGUUAAUUGGGAGCAUCUUAGAGUUCUUACUACAUGUAAACCAGAGAGGGAAUCAGAUUUGAGGGAAUCUCUGCAGUGGAUUUCUCCUUCUCUAAAGACAUUAUCCAUAGCCAAAGGGACAUGUUUUUAA